AUAGGACUUUCAACUUCCGGCCCGAGCGUGACUUUAACAAAGCGCUUUUGCGCACAAACUAAAGUUAGUGUGACGCGUCCAAGUGUAAUAAAAAGUGCUUUUAGGUCAGUCUGCGGGGAAGAAAGGCAGUUUGAAAUGAGCAGUUGACGGCCGCUCGAAGCCGCCACCCCGAGUGAUGGACCGGGCCUCCACGAGUCCACAACGCAGUCCCGUACGUGCCGGUGACGUCACCCGAAUCACGUCUUUGUGCGCCGUGGGCCCUUUGAAACGGGACACUUUACCUCGCCGAUAUAAACCCUGGCGGAGGUCGUCAGCCGCGCACACGCACACGCACAGGCACAGGCAGCAUGUUUGUGGCUGUAGACAACAGACAAGUUCCGGACAGAGCCCGCGGCUCCCUGGCCAUGCAGACCCUCUGCAGGACCCCCGCCCGCCCGGUGGCCUCCUUCCUGCCGGUGGUCGUCGGCCCCGCCCCUCCUGUGGUGGCACCGGGCCCCGCCGGGUCCGCUCGCAACGCCUCCGCCCGCUGGACGGCCAAGCCGCGCUCCGGACCUCAGAUCCAGAACGUCACGUCGUCCGUUAAGCUGGGCUGCGACCUGGACUUGGAGUUCAUCGCACGCAACUCUUGGAACGUGCAGCACCUGUCCAGGGUCUUCAAGUCCCUGGUCAUGAAGAUCCGGAAGCCCCAGACCACGGCCAGGAUCUUCCAGUCGGGCAUCUUGUUCUGCACGGGGGCCAAGAGCGAGGACGAGUCCAGGGUGGCCGCCAGGAAGUUUGCCUUCAAGGUUCUCAAGCUGGGCUACCCGGUCCGCUUCCUGGACUUCAAGGUCCUCAACAUCGGGGGAACUUGCAAGACCUUCCCCAUCAAUCUGGAGGAUCUCUUCCUGGCCCACCAAGACCACUGCAGCUAUGAACCAGAGCUGUUUCCUGCGCUCCAGUACAACUUUCGACCCGGCAUGACAGCCUCCAUCUUUUCGUCAGGGUCCAUCUCGCUGGUUGGGGCCAAAACGGAAGCAGAAUUUUACAGCGCCUUCAAGACCCUGGACUCCAUCCUGGUCAGCUUCAGAAGGAUGUGAGGCCCCCAAGACCCCCCCCCCGCCCAGUACGCCUAGUGUUAGCAUGUAGCAUUAGCAACAUGACAGGUAAACGUACAGUCCUGGUCAAAAGUUUACAUACACGUGUAAAGAACAUAAUGUCAUGGCUGUCUGCAGUUGCUAAUCCCAGAAACACCAUCCCUACUGUCAAGCAUGGUGGUGGUAGUAUUAUGCUCUGGGCCUGUUUUGCUGCCAAUUGAACUGCUGCUUUAAAUGGGACAAUGAAAAAGGAAGAUGAGCUCCAAAUUGUUCAGGACAAGCUAAAACCGUCAGCCCGGAGGUUGGGUCUUGGGCGCAGUUGGGGUUCCAACAGGACAAUGACCUCAAAAGUGGUAAAGGAAUGGCUAAAUCAGACUAGAAUGAAGGCUUUUAGAAUGGCCUUCCCAAAGUCCUGACUUAAAGGCGUGGACAAUGCUGAAGAAACAAGUCCCAUGUCAGAAAAGCAAGACAUUUAGUUGAACUGCAGCAGUUUUGUGGUGAAAAAUGUAAGCAGAAGCUACCAAAAGUGCCUUAUUGCAGUGAAAGUGUCAGAACCUGGACUAUGGGGUUUGUUUUUCCGGGAUGCUAAGGAAAGUUGGAGCGAGCAAGGCGUGAAGGUAAUGACAUCGUUUAUUUUAACAUAACUACAACAAAAGAAGCAAACAAAAGGCGCGAGGAGAACAAACUUGACUAAUGAAACAAAACUUGCACAAAGGCAGAAACUAUGAACAAUAAACAGACACUGACUUGGCAUGGAACUAUGAAACAAGCUAGCAUAGCAUGAAGCAGAGUGGAACUAGCAUGGCAUGAAGCAGAGUGGAACUAGCAUGGCAUGAAGUAGAGUGGAGCUAGCAUGGCAUGAAGCAGAGUGGAGCUAGCAUGGCAUGAAACAGAGUGGAGCUAGCAUGGCAUGAAGCAGGGUGGAGCUAGCAUGGCAUGGACCAGAGUGGAGCUAGCAUGGCAUGAAGCAGAGUUAAGCUAGCAUGGCAUGAAGCAGAGUGGAGAUAGCAUGGCAUGAAGCAGAGUGGAGAUAGCAUGGCAUGAAGCAGAGUGGAGAUAGCAUGGCAUGAAGCAGAGUGGAGCUAGCAUGGCAUGAAGCAGAGUUAAGCUAGCAUGGCAUGAAGCAGAGUGGAGAUAGCAUGGCAUGAAGCAGAGUGGCGCUAGCAUGGCAUGAAGCAGAGUGGAGCUAGCAUGGCAUGAAGCAGAGUGGAGCUAGCAUGGCAUGAAGCAGAGUGGCGUUAGCAUGGCAUGAAGUAGAGUGGAGCUAGCAUGGCAUGAAGCAGAGUGGAACUAGCAUGGCAUGAAGCAGAGUGGAGCUAGCAUGGCAUGAAGCAGAGUGGAACUAGCAUGACAUGAAGCAGAGUGGAGCUAGCAUGGCAUGAAGCAGAGUGGAGCUAGCAUGGCAUGAAGCAGAGUGGAGCUAGCAUGGCAUGAAGCAGAGUGGAGCUAGCAUGGCAUGAAGCAGAGUGGAGCUAGCAUGGCAUGAAGCAGAGUGGAGCUAGCAUGGCAUGAAGCAGAGUGGAGCUAGCAUGGCAUGAAGCAGAGUGGAGCUAGCAUGGCAUGAAGCAGAGUGAAGCUAGCAUGGCAUGAAGCAGAGUGGAACUAGCAUGGCAUGAAGCAGAGUGGAGCUAGCAUGGCAUGAAGCAGAGUGGAGCUAGCAUGGCGUGAAGCAGAGUGGAGCUAGCAUGGCGUGAAGCAGAGUGGAGCUAGCAUGGCAUGAAGCAGAGUGGAGCUAGCAUGGCAUGAAGCAGAGUGAAGCUAGCAUGGCAUGAAGCAGAGUGGAGCUAGCAUGGCAUGAAGCAGAGUGGAGCUAGCAUGGCAUGAAGCAGAGUGGAGCUAGCAUGGCGUGAAGCAGAGUGGAGCUAGCAUGGCGUGAAGCAGAGUGGAGCUAGCAUGGCAUGAAGCAGAGUGGAACUAGCAUGGCAUGAAGCAGAGUGGAGCUAGCAUGGCAUGAAGCAAAGUGGAGCUAGCAUGGCAUGAAGCAGAGUGGAGCUAGCAUGGCAUGAAGCAGAGUGGAACUAGCAUGGCAUGAAGCAGAGUGGAGCUAGCAUGGCAUGAAGCAGAGUGGAGCUAGCAUGGCAUGAAGCAGAGUGGAGCUAGCAUGGCAUGAAGCAGAGUGGAGCUAGCAUGGCAUGAAGCAGAGUGGAGCUAGCAUGGCAUGAAGCAGAGUGGAGCUAGCAUGGCAUGAAGCAGAGUGGAACUAGCAUGGCAUGAAGCAGAGUGGAGCUAGCAUGGCAUGAAGCAGAGUGGAACUAGCAUGGCGUGAAGCAGAGUGGAACUAACAUGGCAUGAAGCAGAGUGGAACUAACAUGGCAUGAAGCAGAGUGGAGCUAGUAUGGCAUGAAGCAGAGUGGAACUAGCAUGGCAUGAAGCAGAGUGGAGCUAGCAUGGCAUGAAGCAGAGUGGAGCUAGCAUGGCAUGAAGCAGAGUGGAGCUAGCAUGGCGUGAAGCAGAGUGGAGCUAGCAUGGCGUGAAGCAGAGUGGAGCUAGCAUGGCAUGAAGCAGAGUGGAACUAGCAUGGCAUGAAGCAGAGUGGAGCUAGCAUGGCAUGAAGCAAAGUGGAGCUAGCAUGGCAUGAAGCAGAGUGGAGCUAGCAUGGCAUGAAGCAGAGUGGAGCUAGCAUGGCAUGAAGCAGAGUGGAGCUAGCAUGGCAUGAAGCAGAGUGGAGCUAGCAUGGCAUGAAGCAGAGUGGAGCUAGCAUGGCAUGAAGCAGAGUGGAGCUAGCAUGGCAUGAAGCAGAGUGGAGCUAGCAUGGCAUGAAGCAGAGUGGAACUAGCAUGGCAUGAAGCAGAGUGGAACUAGCAUGGCAUGAAGCAGGGUGGAGCUAGCAUGGCAUGAAGCAGAGUGGAACUAGCAUGGCAUGAAGCAGAGUGGAACUAGCAUGGCAUGAAGCAGAGUGGAACUAGCAUGGCAUGAAGCAGAGUGGAGCUAGCAUGGCAUGAAGCAGAGUGGAGCUAGCAUGGCAUGAAGCAGAGUGGAGCUAGCAUGGCAUGAAGCAGAGUGGAGCUAGCAUAGCAGGACAUGAGUAGAAGUAAAGUCGCCAAGCUGACUUCCUGGCAACUUUGGCUUUAAAUAAUAGACAUGAUUAGUGACAGGUGUGCGCGUGCAAAACGUGAGACAGGUGCGUGACAUGAGGACAGGUGAAAACUAAUGGGUAGUCAUGGAAACAAAACAAACAAGGAAGUGCAAAAACAGGAAACAAUGGAGUCUUAAGCCAAACAGAACAUAACUAAACAAAACACGACCUGACAGAAACUUGCCAAGGGACAUGUCACCAAAUAUUAACAUCGCUGUACGUAUACUUUUGACCCAUUUUCAGUAAAGCCAUAAUAAAAUCAUAAAAGAAGCAAACUUCAUGAAUGUUUUAGUGAGUAACAAGUAUGUGCUGCCAUCACUACGUCACAAAAACAUAAAAGUUGUAGAAAUGAUUGGAAAGUCAAGACAGCCAUGACGUCAUGUUCUUUACACCUGGACGUAAACUUUUGAGCAGGACUGUACGUCACACAUUUGACGACACUCCAAACUGGAGCAUGAGCAAUAUUAUUAUGAUUAGUCAGUUAUUAAUUAUAAUAGUUCUAAUAAGUUAUUAGUUAUAAGAAGUUGUUAGUUUGAGGCUCGUAAUGAAGUACAAGUUGAUCAAUGUGAGGGAAUAAAGGCAGCAAUGACAA